AAGAACACCCACCGAUAGAGGGAAUUUUCUUUGUUUUCAGAGUUUUACGUUAGAUUUUCUCGACUUUUAUUCAGUUAUAAAAAAUCCUUUAGCCAUGGAUGUCUUCGGGUGCUACGAUUACAAGCGUCCUGUCAACGACAAGCAAACCGAUUGGCGGACCUCUCAGUAUCGCGGUCACCGUCACAUCACCGACCUGCGGAUGGAGAAUAAGCUGAAUGCCAAAUUUGCAGACAAGGGCAUCUACGUGAGGGAUCCGUUGUUGUCCGAGAAGCCCCGCACCGAUGUUUCGGCCAAUUUUGUGUGGAAGUAUGGCAAUCCCGAUGCUCUUAGGAACCCAUCGCUGAAUAUGAAAACACAGUACAUGAAGCCCCUGGAUGAGUGCUGUCUUCGGUUCAUAAAACGAAAAAUAAAACCAAUAUCGAGUGUGACCCAGGACACUUAUGUUCUCAAAGAAAUGCCUGAAGAACAGGCAGUACUACCCAUUACCAUGCCAAGUGCAGUGACGACCACCAAUCUGGUCAUCGACCGCUCGCAGGAAGGCAUUAGCAAGUACCUGGACCCCAAUGCCACCACCUACAACUUGUCGUAUGUGAGACAUAGCAAUGAGGCCCUGACUGGAGGCAUUGCGGCCCACGACAAUCUCACCUUCUGGAAUUGGUCGGAGAAAGUGGUGGCAAUGCGAAAAGUAUCCCGGGAACCGGAUCCCAUUCUGUGUGACGAAUUUCCCUCACAAAAUUGUACCAAACGACGUUGCGAGUUCCAGAACAUGUUGAAGCCGGUGCCCCACUCGGGUAUGGUGACCGAGGUGCGCGAGAACUACAUCGAUCCACUAUUCCGCAAGGUUGAGUUUGAUCCGGACGUGAACCCGAGGCUGGUUAAUGCCGAUGUCAUUCCAUUUGCCAAGAAGAGCGAGUAUGCCAUUUACGGAUCUGGCGAGCCGGUUGUGAAGUACGUCUAGGUUUUCUCUUUAUCCAAUGGCAAUUAUUUUCGCAAAAUUAAAGUUACGAGCAUGUCGUUCAUUA